AAACGAAGCACAUUUCUUCGUCAAAUAAUUUUUGACAUUUCUGUGUUUUUGUUUAAAAACAAACCAAAUAAACAUAAAAGACAAAACAAGAAAUCCCCUUAAAUCUUCAAAUAGUAAAAGUGUAUCCUAAUUGCUAAAGCAAUAAACUCAAGAAAAACACAAUAUUUAAGUCAUGUUUUCUUUUGAUUUACCAACUGUUCAAGUACCAACAUGUCAUUUAAGUCUUGAAGGUGAUAUAAGAUUUGAUCCACCGAUCUAUGAACAACGAUAUGCAACAGUAAUUCAAGUCCUGGAACAUCCUGAUUUUGAAUCAAAACUCAAGAAAAUUGUUGAAUUUGGUUGUUCUGAAAUGCGCUUGCUAUGGCUCCUGCGUAGAACCAAAGGAAUUGAGCACAUAGUCGAGGUCGAUGUAGACGAGGAAACCCUAUUGAUGUACAAAAACCGAGCUGCCCCCAUUGUUUCAGAUCACAUUGUCAGCCGUGAAACUCCGCUUAGAAUUGAGGUUUUCAAAGGAAGUAUUGAUGUGUCUUCGGAAUACUUAAAAAACACUGAUGCCGUUAUUGGAAUUGAGAUUAUCGAACAUCUCUAUCCAGAGGUUUUAGAAAAUGUCCCAUACAACGUUUUUGGAUUCAUCCAACCAAAAAUUGCGUUAUUUUCUACACCCAAUUCGGAUUUUAAUGUCCUAUUUCGUCCACUGCCGAAUGGUUUUCGACAUUAUGAUCACAAAUUCGAAUGGUCUCAGCAACAGUUUAAGGACUGGGCGCUUAAUAUUUGUGAGCGGUUUCCCAACUAUCGGGUAGCUAUAUUUGGAGUUGGAGAAGCCCCACAGGAUAGUCCUGAACUAGGACCAGUUUCACAGUUUGCUUUGUUUGUUCGAAAUGACGUUUAUGGCCUUCCAUUGACUACGGACAUCGAAGAUGUCCCAGCUGAUCUGAAUCCUGAUACUGCCUAUAAGGAAAUCUAUGCUGUCGAUUUUCCCAUGCGUCAUGACGAUCGCACUCUCGACCAGAAAAUAUGGGAUGAAGCGAGUUUCUUCAUAAACCAAUAUAGAACCUUUGAAAUGUAUCACAACACUGAAAGACUGAUCUAUCAGAUUCCUUUUGAUAAAAUUCUAGAAGCAAUCGAGCCAGUAUCGAAUUCAGCUGAUGAUUUGCGUCGGGUGUUACUGGAAAACGAUCAAGUUAUUGAAGAUGGAUUUGUGGUGGUUCCCGAGGAUGAUCCCAAUCGUAUGCAAGGACGUUGGUCUGGUGAUUCGGAUUCGAAUUACGACGACUACGAUUAUUAUGAUCGAGAUCAAGAUGAUGAUGAUAACAAUGUAUCAAAUGGGAACUGUCACAAUAAUGAUGAGGAGAAUGCAGCAGCUGAGCACGAGGAAGAAGAAUGCUGGGAUUAAAUGGGCAUUUUUCAACUCUUUUAACAUC